AUGGCAUCACCUCCGUCCUUCUCCUACAUGACGCCCGAGCAGCGCCGCCAGCGGUUCCAGGCCGACACCGACACGACCGGCAGUGACGCGUGGCUCACACGCGCCGACCCGAGUCCGAUCGUGGCCCCGCGCUUCGAGGGGGAGGAGCAGGACGAGAGCAAAGGCGACGACGAGGGCUGGAGCUUCGCGCACUCGCACUUUAAGCGGCGCAACCGGCUGGAGACGCGGCUGGAGGAGCUGCAGAAGGACGUGGCCAGCCUCACGCUCAAGCUGCGCGCCAACGGCAACCGCGGCGCGUCUCUGGACGCGUCGAGUUUCAUGAUGACGCCCCAAGGGAGGCAGGAGGAGGAGGUUUACAGCUAUAAAGUGAGCACAGACUACGUCAAGGCGCUGAGGGAGCUGCACCACGUGACGACGGAGAGGGACCAGCUCAAGUUUGAGCUGGAGAGGACCAAGAGGGCGCUGGCUGCGGCUGAGAAGAAGUGCCAAGACGCGCUGCGAGCCAAGAAGGCCUACGACAAGCUCAAGACCCACUGUGACUCGCUGCAGGAGAGUCUGGACCUGUCCGAGAGGAUCCGAGUGAGGCAGAAGAAGCUGCUGCAGCACGUUCGAGGGUUUUCACAUACAGGGUACGACAUUUUGGACUCGCUGGUGGCGUCCAGUCAUCACCAGGAUGAAGACGAGGACGAGGACGCGGAGACGGGGCUGGAAACCCAUGAGCAAGCUCCUAGCGAGCCGACCGCUGCUGCAUCUCGACCAAGGACGCCGCGGUCUGUCCUCAAGCCUUCUGCACCUGUCAAGCAGUAUCGUCCCGAUUUUGAUUCUUUGCUCCAAGUGGAUGAUGUCCCGCAGUUCAGCACUAGGCGGCCGAGUCGAAUCACGACAACCACCACCGCUCGACGACCGAGUCAGACUCAAGCGCAACAGCGUGAUGCCAUGCGUCAGGCAGCAAGGUGGGCACGCAGCAGAGGCGCUGCAGUCGACAUUUCCACCUCGACUACCCAAUUGCCGACGAGAAGAACUCCCACCGCCUCUCGACCGAAGAACAGCUUCCUCGCUCCUACGCAAGCGAGUAUGCGCCGUCUCCAUGAUCUUCCACGCCGUGGAGCUCACGAAAGACCUCCUUUUGUCGUCUAA